CGUCACGCAGACUGCGCAUGCGCCGCAGAGUCGAGGCCGCAGCCCAGAAACGCGACUGAACCCGAUUCAGUCAACAAGAGGGACCGGGGAGCAGCCGUGGGAGGGGCCCCUGAGAGCCACGGCCAGGGACCAGCGCAUCACACGAGGGCCACAGCACCAUAACAACAACAACAACAGGGAGGGCCACCAUAACAACAACAGGGAGUCCCUGCAAGGCAGGAGGAGGCCAGUCACAGGGAGGGCCACCAUAACAACAACAGGGAGUCCCUGCAAGGCAGGAGGAGGCCAGUCACAGGGAGGGCCACCAUAACAACAACAGGGAGUCCCUGCAAGGCAGGAGGAGGCCAGUCACAGGGAGGGCCACCAUAACAACAACAGGGAGUCCCUGCAAGGCAGGAGGAGGCCAGUCACAGGGAGGGCCACCAUAACAACAACAGGGAGUCCCUGCAAGGCAGGAGGAGGCCAGUCACAGGGGCACCAUAACAACAACAGGGAGUCCCUGCAAGGCAGGAGGAGGCCAGUCACAGGGGCCACCAUAACAACAACAACAGGGAGUCCCUGCAAGGCAGGAGGAGGCCAGUCACAGGGAGGGCCACCAUAACAACAACAGGGAGUCCCUGCAAGGCAGGAGGAGGCCAGUCACAGGGCCACCAUAACAACAACAACAGGGAGUCCCUGCAAGGCAGGAGGAGGCCAGUCACAGGGGCACCAUAACAACAACAACAGGGAGUCCCUGCAAGGCAGGAGGAGGCUAGUAUUAGGGGCAGGCAUAGGGGCCAUCUAGGGAGCCACUGCAUAACAACAUCACCCUCAGGGGCCCCACAGCCAGAUCUCUCCAUCCCAGCUCAGUCUGCCUGGAAAGCAGGGUCUUCAGCUCAGACACCAGGGGCUAUCUCUCUGUGUAAACCAGGGCCAAGUGUUCCAUUAUUUAAGGAAGCACACCCCACAGCUCAGAGAUCAGGGGUAAUCUCUGUAAAUCAGGACUUCAUCUGGUCCACUGUCUUAUAUUUUCUACCAAAAAGGAACAUAAAAGUGUAAAAGGUGAAGGCUCCCAUAGAAAGGCUGGGGCCACAACCCAGAAGGAUUACGCACAGCCAGGGGCCACAUCCUGGGGGCCCUGUGCAUAGAUUACCCGGGACAGGAUGGGGAGAGGCAAAGGGGAUCCAGAGAGGUAAAUAUAGAUCACCUAAGCGUAUUAUAAAGAAUGAUACGUGUGUAUAUGGAUGUGUUCUUAUUCAUGGCUACAUGCAGAGCCUAAUAGUAUAACAGAUUUAUUUUGACAAAUGUAAAAGGUAGAGAGGGUCCUGUCUACAGGCUUGUAAACAUGGAGGUUUUUUUUUCUUCUUCUUUAAAUUUAGGCUGCGCUUUGGCUAAUUGCCUAGAAAAUUUGAUUUCACUCAGUUCUUUAUAAAUCUGAUAAAUCUGUUGUUUAUACGAAGAGGUGAUGCACAUCCCUAUUGUUGAGUUGACUUGCUUGAAAGUAUACAUUCUGAAAAUUAUAUUUUCAUAUAUAUUUACUAUUUUAUGUUGUGUAUAUUUAAUAAAGUGUACAUUUUGUACUAAGCAAUUCAAGCUCUCUUACAAAAAGGGGGGGAAAAAACCUUCCUCAGAUAAACUUGCAUUUCACAAAACAGUCUCAUAAAAAUAAAUUUGUACUGAAGGGAAAACUUACAUUUUUUUUGCACAUUAACACUUUGCUUUGAUGGGCAUACUCUAUAUUAUUAGUAUAUGAGGAGACAAGCUAUUCAUGACUCAAUAGGGAGUGGGAUUUCAGAUUGAGCAUAUUGUUGUAUUUUGAGGUCCUAAAUCCCAGGAGUGGUUGCUGACAAAGUUCCUGGGCUUUGCAGAAGAAGGUUUACAGAAAGUGAAGCAGCUGUAGAGAAACAGUAGAUAAUUAGUAAACCCACUAUAACAGGAAUUGACAUCAGUGAGUGUAAGAUUAUCUGGUGACUCACACGAAGGACUCCGCCUUCCAUGAUAAGAUAGGAGCUUGAGCUCAAAUGCCAAAAACAUCCCCUGCUUUAUGGUAUACAUGCUUGGAAUAGGUAGAACAAUCAAAACAGUAAGCUGCACACGUAAUUGCUUAUGUAUUGGGGAGGAUUGGAAAGGCACAUUCUAGACCUUUGUGCACAAUGAUCUCUAAAAAUCCGUAUCAGUAUUUUAAAUGGACUGCGUUUUCUAUAUAUUUUCCCAAAGCAUACAUCGCUCUUGGGACAAAGAUACCACAAAUGACCUCACUAGACAUAUGGUAUUCUAUUUACUGGGUAUAUAUCUAUAAAAAAAACUCUCCAAAGAGUUCACAUUGUUAAGGUGUUCUCUAUGGUUUUUCCCCCCCCCCCUCUUUGUGUACACACUCAAGCACACAUUUGCAGUCACUCAAUUCCAUUCAAAUUAUACAAAGGGCACAGAGGCUUUGACACUUUUAGUAUGUAUGUUUUUGUGUAUGGUGGAGCCAUAUGACUUCUGUGGUCUAUGAACUGUAUUUACCAUAAUUACUUCCAAUUCUAUGGUAUUUAUAUUUGACUUCCUAUCUUCCAGCAGCUGAUCCAGCCGGCACCCCCAUGAUGAAUGGUAGCUUUUUCCCGGAGGUUUCGUCCUCCCCGUCUCCCAAUUGGAAGGAGUUCUGUGAGAUCCACGCUCAUGCUGCUGCCUUGGACUUUGCUCGUAGAUUUCGGGCCUUUCUGAGCGAGAACCCACAGUAUGCCACACCGGGGGCUGAGACCAGCUUUUCACGGCGCUUUGCUGAGCAUUUUGUAGAGCACUUUGAAACAGAGGUGAACAAGACCCAAGCUCCCGAUGGCCCUUCUCCCACCCGCUGCAGUAUUGUCCCUUUUACAGGUGCACAGGUUUCAAAUAGAGAUCUCUCUGAAACAUGCAGUGACUCAUCACUGGCCUCUCCUGUGGAAACACAGCCUAGGCAGGACUCUUCUGGUAUUACCUCUGGCCUGUCCAGUAGCCAGUCCCACAGUUCAGAAGAUGUGUCCACAUCUUCAGCCACAGCGAAGCCACGUCUGAAAAAACGUUUCUCUCUACGUAAUGUGAGUCGGAGUGUGCGGGGUAGUGUUCGGGGUAUGCUACAGUGGAAGAGCUCAGCAGAGUCUCCGACCGAGGAGACAGCGGGGGCCAAUAGCAACUGUAAUUCUUCAUCCAGCAGGGGUGGAGGAGAAAGGUGGACUCAUAGGUUUGAGAAAUUACGGCUGAGCCGGCCUCCUGCCCCCAGAGCAGAACCGAAGGAUGUGAAACGGGAAGGGGUUCUGAACUACGUGGUAGCAGAAGAGGUCAACAGUAGCAGCAGGGCCCGGUGGCAGAAGUGCCGUCUUCUCCUGCGAAAGGCUGGGAGUGAUGAAGGUGAAGGAUACCUCAUGGAGUUUUACAUUCCUCCUAAGGUAUGAAAAUGUGUAGAGAAGUCCCAUUUGUAUCUAAUUUAUUUAAUUUUUUUGUUUUUAUCCUAGAAGUAGCCUCAUUACAGAACGUAGAAACACAAAUUCAUUAACUUUAUUAUGGAGUGAUAUUGUUCCACAAUCAUAUUUUUAUGAUUGUAGCUUAUUGUGUGAAAGACACAUCAGUCCCACUGCUGGAAUUUUAGACAGCUGCUUUUUUCAAUGUGCUCAUAUUCUAACGUCCCACUUAUGUAUUUUUUUAUUAUUUUACACGGCCAGGUAAGAUGUGGAAUAUAUUCCUGUGCAAUAUGGUACACCCCCCAACCCCCCACUCUAAAAGGCAUAAUUUACUCACCAAACAGUAGUGUGAACAGUGUCAGAUGCCACAAACCCCCAUUUAAAGGAAGAAAAUGUGCUUUGUUAUUAAAUAAAAUUGUGUGGCAAUGUUGCUUCAUGUGUCAAGGAAAAAAAUAAAUUUUAAUGUAAAUUGGAUAUAUACACAUAAUAUACACAGUUUUUACAGUAUAACAUUUAUAGCAAAAUUAUAACCUUUUUUAAUUUUACAUUUGUCUUCUCUCCAUGAUUCUCUUUUUCUCUAUACGUGUCAAACAAGCACUUGUGACAUUGUCAUAUGUUGAUAAACAUCCUCUGGUUUUUGCACCAUACACCGGAAAUUAUUUAUCAUACAUGAUAAUAAACUUCAUCUGUGGUUCACACUGCUUUACAGUUAUUUAGGAAUUAUAUAUAUCUUUCUUCUCUGGUAAUUUCCUCCAAAUAUUUUGGGAAGGCUGCUUAUUUGCACUAAAGAGUAGACCCUUGUACUAUGCACAUAGCUGCUGGCAGUAGUGACCCCCAUCCCCUAGAUUUGCUGGGGAGAACAGGGCAGUUAUACUGAUAGAGGUGAAAUAGGGAAGAAAGAGAUGGGGGUCAAUAGCAAUUUGUAGCUGUUUUCCUUUUCCAUUUUCCCUAACCUGUUUUACAUACAGCAAUUUUCUGCCCUAUUAAUUUUUGUUACAAUCUCAUUUUGGAUUCUACCAGUUUUAUUGUUGUGGCAUUCUGAGUGUACACAUUACACAUUAUUGUUAGUUUUACUGUUGUAGAGCUGUGUGAUACAAUCCUACACACUGCAUAUUAAAUAUUCAAUUGGCUCACAAUGCCAAAUUAGCUUUACAGUUUUGUCGUAAGAAGCAAUGCAUUUAGUCCUUUUAAAGGAACACUCCAGGCACCAUAACAACUUAAUUGCAGUGGUGAUCUUAUGGUGCCGAAGUCCUAGAUGCCAUCUUAUCUGAAGGUGCUAAACCGCCAACUAAUGGUUUAAACCCCAAAGUCUGCAAACUCGUGCCCGAUCACUCUACCACAUCACUUCCUCUCAAUCUGGGCGCUGCUGAAGGGGUUAAACCAAUCACUCUGACCCUGGUGAUAGGCCGAGAGUGUCAGCUAACACUGGGGAGCGAUGGAGACACUGUAGGCUAGGAAUACAAUUUAGUAUUUUUAGCCAAUAGUUUUCCUUUAACCUGAUCUUUAUUUUACUAUUACUUGCAAAUACUGCAACUUAUUACGUUUCCAUUUGUGAAUUAAGCAGUCAAAUCUCUACUUAAUUGUAUUUAAAGGACCAAGCAGAUUUCUACUUACCCAUUUUUAAAGCACUUACAUUUAAAAAUGUUAACAGUAUUAUAAUGGGAGAAACUAUUUCCAAUUGAGAGUUGUCUGCACCAACAAUCUGAUUUUAUUUAAAUAAAUGUCUUUUUUUUUUUUUUUUUUAAUUCCUUCUCAUUUAAAAUAAAUUAUAUUGCAGGCCACAAAGCCACGGGUCAGCUUUCCUUGUUCGUCCAUUGUGGACGUUCGGACCACGACCCCCUUGGAGAUGCCAGACAAGGAAAACACGUUUGUGUUAAAGGUAAUGGAGUGCCUCUGGGAAUAGGGUAUUCUUUCUAAACCAGCAGCAAAUAGCUUCUGGGAGCGUAAAAAGACUGAAUGUUGUGAGAUAUGAACUUUAAAAUAGCUGGAGUACUGAAGAUUUGAGAUCACUGUCUUAGACAAUGUACGGAGAGAAUUUGAAGCCUUGUCAUUUUGGAUGUCAUAAGACAGUCCGUUCUCAACUCCAGCAUCUAAGGAGUGAGAACACACAUUAACCAUAUUGUCUGCUGGGUGUCAAUCAUAGGGAAACACUGACAUAUUGUAAGGAGAUAAAAAUAACAUGGAUGGUGCUGUAGUGCCCUCCAGUGCGCAGAUAAUCUCUGAGCAGGUUGUGAGUAACUAGACUGAGAUUAGGAAUUGAUAGUCUAGUUUAUCUGUCAUACAAAAUGUCCUUUUGUCUUUGUUUGGAUGGAACAGACGGAGAAUUCCUCAGAGUAUAUCCUGGAGUCGGUAGACCCUCUGCAGAUGAAAUCUUGGCUGUCUGACAUACAGGACUGCAUGACCUCUAGGUGAGCAGCUUCAUGUCUUCCUGGGCCUCUUCUGUAGAGUUAAAGAAUUUACAGCCUAGCGGAACUGCUUGUCUGACUGUGUGCUCUGUACAUGCUGGACCGUAGCUUUAACAUGAUGCACUCCUAUGUUAAAGUAUAGCCAUGUUAUUUUAUUAACUUAACAGACAUCCCUUAUAUACACAUCAAUAGCUAGAAAUUCUUCAGGCUGAAAUUGAAAAAAUGAUAAUUCUGAAGUUGCUGCAGAUCACAGCCAACUCUAGAUUCUCCACAGUAAGCUGCAAAGGCUCCUGUUAGUGCAGGUAGAUUGCAGUUGCCCAGCAUGGCAUAAGUAUUGAAUAUGCAUUGACCGUCAGUGUUUUCUUUAUUCAGAGACACCACAGGGGUUUGCAACUAUUUAAAGAGAACCGUCACUUAACUGGAAUUGACACCAUUGAAUAAAUCACUUGUAGCUUGUGUUAACAGUUUUCUCAUGUGACACUGGGUUUUCUUUUAAAUGCGUGUUUAACUUCACAAUCCGGUUCAGUUCAGGCACAGUCAGGGUACACAUAACAUUGGAGGACGAAAACCAGAAACAAUGUUUCUAUAUUUCCUCCUCCUGCUGCCCUGACUGAGAGAUGCAAAGGGCAGAGCUUAUAACAAUACCUUUACCUUUAUCGACUUAAUAAAGGCCUCUGUGUAGGCCGAAACUUUGCAGUUUUUGUUUCAAUAAACCCGCCUUACUGCAGCAAUCCUGAGUGCCUGGACCUAAUUUUUUUUUAUAACAAUACCUGGCAGGGAGCCAAGAUGGAGAUGCCGAGCUCCAGGAUAGAGGUAAAUACAGCAGUGUGGUUUUAUUUAUUUCAUUUGAUAUUUUCUUUUUUUAAAAACGCAUUUGUUAAUUAUAAGGAAUACAAAACUUUAUUAUUAUUAUGUUAUUUAUAUAGCGCCAUUAAAUUCCGUAGCGCUUUACAAUGGGUGGACGAACAGACAUGUAGUUGUAACCAGACAAGUUGGACACACAGGAACAGAGGGGUUGAGGGCCCUGCUCAAUGAGCUUAAAUGCUAGUGGGAGUUGGGUAAAAUGACACAAAAAGGUAAGGAUAGUAUUAGACUAGUGACAGUUGAAGAAGAGGAAUCAGUCAGGAGCUAUUAACAGUUUAAUUGAUACGCUUUUAUGAAGAAGUGGGUUUUUAACGAUUUUUUGAAGGAGUGGAGACUGGGUGAGCAUCUAACGGAGGAGGGAAGCGAGUUCCACAGGAUCGGUGCAGCCCUCGAGAAAUCUUGAAGGCGAGCAUCAGAGGUGGGAAUACGGACAGAAGAUAGACGUAUGUCUUCAGCAGAUCGUAAGGACCUAGACGGGACAUACUUGUGUAUAAGGGAGGAUAGAUAGGUGGGAGCAGCAUUAUCUAGCGAUUUUGAAAGCAAGAACCUGAAUUUUAAAUUGAGCUCUAUAUUUUAUAGGAAGCAACAUAACAUAAUCAGAUUCUUAGGGAGUGAUGGUUCCCUUAUGAUCCUCAUUUGCUCUAAUUCCUUUGCAGUGAGUUUGCCCCUGUGAUGUACAAUUAGUGGUGAUGGUGGGGAAUGUGUUUUUUUGGUUUUUUUUUUCUGUCAGAGGACUAGAGUGGUAAGUAUUGGUUUUACUUGCUAGUUAGUUUGUUCAUCAGCUGUAGGCAUUGGUUCCAAACAAUCCAGUCUUCUUUUACUGACCAUAGUCUUUUUGACCUGUUCCUGACCAUUGUCAUUUUAUUCAGCAGGGAUGCAGUUGAUGCCACAGACCUUCCUCAUAUAAACCAUUCAGAAAGCAUGCCUAGCCGGGAUCUACCUCUUUUACCCACAGAGAGCAGUGAGCAGCUUUGCCAAGGUACACAGCCCCCUGAUUGCACUACAGUGACUAAUCCUAAUUAACGACUUGUUAAGAAUUAGCAAUUUAAUUUUCUACAUAUAUCUUCUCUGCACAUAGCUACUUCUACUUACAAUAUGUUACGUCAAUCAGAUUUAAUUCUGUCCAUAGGAAAUGCAAAUGGAAUCAGUAUACCUAAUACAAAAUGGCACAAAAAUACUACACAAAGCGUGGUUUAUUCAUUAAACUGAGGUGUAACUAGGGAAAUAAGGAAAUGUUAUUAAACCUGAAGAAUUUGUUUUUAGGUCCUUCAAACUGAUUCACAAUUCUAUGGAAAGUGUGUGUGUAUCAUUAAGGAAUUUUGCAGAAAUUAUAAAAAAUAAAUAAUAAUGUAUACUUGGAGUUAGGAUCUAACUAGUGUUUUGAUGCUAAAGGAAUGCACACCUGUAUUCAUGAAACUUUAGUGUUCCUAGUUCUAACCCAGCCCCCAGUGUCCCAUAAGAAUAACAAGAUAAAAGAUUUUACGUGCCCUUUUCCAUUACCAUGGCUCCUUUUGGCAUUGCUUACUUUUCCCUCAUUAUCAUGGAUGUGGCAUUGUCUCCUCCGUAGUGCUCCAAUUCAUUGCCCCUUUAUAGAGGAGCAUUGGGGAGCUGAUGUGCAUGCGCGGUGCGUGCUGUUCAUGCAUCCAUGCUUCCCCACAGAAAAUCAUUUAAUAAAUCCUUUCCUAUGGGGCCACAGGGUAAUUUGGCAGAGUUUUACUCACUCAGUGCAGCAGAACUGCCUCCUGUGGCUGUCAGCCUUUGGAGGUCUGUUUUACCUUGAAUGGAUGCAUUGACUGGACCACUACACCCAAGGCCACUUCAUCUCAAUGAAGUGACCUGGGUGACUUCAGUGGUCCUUUAAUUUAGGUAAGUUCCACUCUUGCUUUCAUGGGUUGCACACUUUGGGGGUUGUGUUUAAAAAUAAUUUUGGGGACGUGUUCUAAAAUUGGGGCUCAACUCCUAGAAUAAUUCUUGAUAAUCUAUCUGUAUACAUGACUCUCAUUGUGUUCUGUUAUUUAUAAUUGGAGGUCAAAUUUAAUAUUGUCUAACUUUCUUUGUAAUGUUGAAACAUUACUCUGGGAAUAAUGUCCUAUUUGCUGGAAAAUGUGGGUGGCUUGGCAUGUAUUUGGUAAAACGUUACCAUCCAUAUUUCUACUUCCACUUGAAUAAAUGAGUUUCACGUGUUGGUAUCUUCAUAGAACGUCUCCUCUACCUAUGUUUCUGCAGGGGCUUAUGGAGGGUUGUCUGAGCGCCCCUCUGCCUCAAUCUCCCCCAGCUCUGUCUCCAUGACACCCUCACACUUCGAUUCCAUGGAGCUUCUCCCACCAGAGUUGCCACCUCGAGCGCCCAUUGACGAAGGCGAGAGACCUCAAAAUCCCAUGGGUGUCCCUUUUCCUGACACACCUGAUACGGCAGGUAGGAUCCCAGUGGGUGCAUACAUUUGGAUUUCUUAUUCCAAAAGAGGAAAAGUGCAGAAUAACCAUGGUUUUUGUACUGCACCCUAUUUCUUUAACAAAUCAGUGGGAAUCCUUGUCACCAGAUUACUGCCCCCUCCUUUCUGUGCAUUUUAAUUGUUGGCUGGCAGGAAUAUGCCUCCCGACACAUCUGUAGGAUCACGGACAAGGGGUCCAGCAUAGGCAGGGAAUGAUCCUUUUUACCCUGUGUGGGGUCCAGUCUUUUGCCUCUGUGGAAUUUAUCAUGUGUACAAUUGGUUCUUUUGUGAAACUCAUGUGACUGAAACUGAUAUUGUGUAAUUCAAUAUACCAUGUGAUUUAAAUUAACUUUGUGGUUUAUAUCCUUUCAAAGCUUCGUUCAUUUUCCAUGGAGAACCAGACCCAGGAGAUGGUGAGCAUCCUCUAUCGGAGUAUCAGUGGUUUCAUGGCACACUCUCCCGACUGAAGGCAGCACAGCUUGUGUUGGCAGGAGGCACCAGCAGCCAUGGGGUUUUCUUAGUGCGGCAAAGUGAGACCCGGCGGGGAGAGUACGUGCUGACCUUUAAUUUUCAGGGCAAAGCCAAGGUGAGCUUAAUAUUGCUAUCACUUUGCAGUUUAUGUUCUAUUGCUACCUCUCUCUUUUGUAUUCCUCAUGAGCUUUUCGUUUGUUUGUAUACAUGUUCUGCCCCUCUCCUAACUAAUUUCACCUUCUCGCAAACGUUUCCUUAGCCAUCCCUCCUCACUGUCUUGAUCUCUCUCUAGCACCUUCGUUUGUCCCUCAACGAGGAUGGACAGUGCCGAGUCCAGCAUCUCUGGUUUCAGACCAUCUUUGACAUGCUCGAACACUUCCGAGUGCACCCCAUCCCUCUGGAAUCUGGGGGCUCAAGUGAUGUCACUCUUAUCAGUUAUGUGGUGUCUUCUCAGCGGUUACACGGUGAGAACUUAUCUUCAGGGUAAAUACUGACCUGUAGUUCAUGUAGUAUUUCAGUCAUCAAGAUAAUCUGGGUACCAGCAUUUAUGGAGGAGAAAUUCAAAAGAAGGACAAUCACUUCUCUGGUAUUUACACUAUUGAAUUAAACAUUAAAAAUAACUUCUGUUUUAACCCCCUCUCUCCCAAAUUUUCCGAUGUCAAGUCCUACACUGCUAGACAGCCCUUAAUAGUUACUUCCCACUGCAAUCAUGGAGAGUCAAUGCCAUACACCCAGGGGUGAAUUUCUACGUGUCAGGACUGCAUUUCCACUUGUCUGUGACUUGUGGUGAAUAGAAAUUUUGAGCCAUGUGUAGAUUUAGCAUUUAACAUCACAAUCCAGUUCACAUCAAUAGCUAGAAAUUCACAUCCCUUAUAUACACCUCAAUAGCUAGAAAUCAUCCAGGCUGAAAUUGACCCCAAGAUCUAUAAAACAACAAAAAUAAUUUUGACGUUGACAAAGGAGGAAAAGAAACAUUCGUUGUUUCUUCUUCUCCUCGUCCACAAUAAUUAAUGUCCACAAAGAGUAGAACCUGGAACACAGAUUAACAGGGAGGCAAGAUGAAGGCGGUCAGCUCCAGAAAAGGGGUAAAUACAGCGAUUUAGAUUGACAUUUCAGACCUCCAAUAUGCUUACAAUUUAAAGUUAAUAUGAGUAGGUUGCAAUGCACUUGCACACUGACGCGUCUGUUUGAUUUACUCAUUUCUUAAAUAAACAAUUUGCAGGAAAAAAAAAAAUCAGACCUCACAAACACAUUUUUCCUUUUGAUAAGGAUAGUGAAAGUUUCUCCUGUAACCUUUUGCUUUCCAGAGUAUUCUAUUAACAAAAAUAAUUUAUUUUUUUUUUAAAACAAAUCUGUGUUACCACAACAAGUCAAGGCUUGAGGGAAGACCUGGGUAUUACAGCAUUAAACACCCUGUCUGUUUUCCUUGGCUGCAAUUGCAAAUGCCAAUAUGUGCAUAGUCAGACUUCCUCCUUUCAGUAUUAUAUGUUUAAUUUUCCAUAUAUUUGUAAUCUUGCAUUGCUUUAAACCAUUCUUGGUUUUAAUAGCCUUCCAAAGGGAUACCAUGACAAAUUUAGCAUAGGGAAAAUAAUAAUGUAAGUUAUUAAAGGACCACUAUAGGCACCCAGACCACUUCAGCUCCAUGAAGUGGUCUGGGUGCCAGGUUCCUCUAGUUUUAACCCUGCAGCUGAAAACCUGUUUCACUGAGGGUUAAUCCAGCCUCUAGUGGCUAUCUCACUGACAGCCGCUAGCGGAUCUCACUGUGAAAAUCACAGUGAGAAGACGCUCGACGUCCAUCGGAAAACAUUGAGUAAUGCUUUAAUUUGGGCUGUUUGAAUGUGCGCAUGGCUCUUGCUGCGCAUGCGCAUUCGGAUCUGACGUCGGCAGGGGGUGGAGAGUUCCCCAGCAUAGAGGGAGCCUGGCGCUGGAGAAGUGGCUGAAGAGGUUGUAACCCAUUCAGCCCAGCGGGAGGGGGGGACCUAAUGACCCUAUAGUGCCAGGAAAACGAGUUUGUUUUCCUGGCACAAUAGUGCUCUUUUAAGGAAUACAUGGGUAAAAUGUCCAGCAGUUUGGCAGAGAAUAAGUCAUUUGAAUCGCUGUAUCUUGGCCAGCUGGAGGGAGGAACCUGUAAUAUCUCUGGGUUCUGCUAACAACCAAGAGUAAAAUGUUUUGAGUCCCUGUCAAUGUGUUUUGAAUGUUACACGAGUAACUGAUUAGUAGCUAUAGCGUUUUCUGUUCAUGGAGGAGUAUUGUUAACCUUUGUACAGGUUUAAUGUGGCUUUGUCAUUAGAAUUUCAUCAUCACGUAACUUAUAACAUGUUUUGAUCAUUCUAAAAUCUCUUCAGACAUUAACUUGUGUUUUUUUUAUUUUUAUUAUUUAUAAAUAACAUAUUUGGCUAACUUGAGGUUUCUUUGUGUACAGUGGAAAUGUAGAGGUUCAGCAUCUCUCUGCAGUGUCUGGGAUUCUGGGAACUUACCAGUUCAACUGUUGAAAUACCUGAUCAUGUUUGGCUGCUGACAUCAUAUGUUCUAUAAAUUGUAUUUACUGUCGGCAACAGUCACUUGGAAAAAUUAAAAUGGUGAUGCAUUUCUAAGUACUAAAUUAACAAUGGUUUUUACUAGUAAUUGAUGUUUUCUUUAAGAUAUUCUUUAGAACUGAUUUAUGUGAGGAUUUUUUUCAGAUGACAAAGCUACUGUAAUGCAUAUAAUAAGUAAUGAUUCUUGUAAAAGUAAUUUAAUUCCCCUCCCCCGUUACCUAAUGGUUUACAUAAAAUGUAUGUGUUAAACAUUGUCGUUAACUGACUGUGAUUUCAGUGGACCAAGAGAUGAACAUUUUUGAUCUGCUAAUGGGGUUACCCUUACAGACCCAACCCACACUUCUCUUGCUGCUUAUUGGCUGUCACAUGCGUCAAUUUGCCCCUAAUUUGUCACAUCCUUUCGCUCCAUACUCUUCUGAUUGGCCCCGUCUGUUCUUUGCAGGCCGAGACAGGGCUGACAGUAGAACGACCGUGUGUGAGGUUCCCCAUCGCAUCCCAGACUCACCAUCAAACCCCAUCUCCAUUGGAGCGAAUGACUGUAUGUAAGUGCUGCCUCUAACCACUCAUGCCCCAUACGCACUUCCUACCAUGUUCCUUCCUGCUGGAAGUGUCUUCCCAGGAAGGUGAGAACUUGGGGAGGUAGAUUCUGCUAGGCACAGUUGCUGGUUAUGGAAAUAAUAGCUCAUUCUGUGAGCAGUACUGGAGUUUAAUGUAUUGCUUACAUCUUUUGUAGAUCUGCUGUCACUAAAUGUUAUGUUAUCCAUCUCCCAUAACAGUAAAUCCCACAAUUACUAAAUAAAAACAUUUUUAUUUUUUUUUCCCCUCUGGCUGCGCUCCAGGAACAUAUACCUGUUAAUGGAAUAUAUAGUCUCUCAGUCAUAGCAACAGUUGGGCUUUUCUUCCAAAUCCUUUUUGUAUAUGUCGCUAUAUGGGUCACUGAGCAUCGUAUGGCUAUGGUCCCUCUUUUAACCAACAUAGUGUUUAAUAGACUUGGAAUAUGCUUGAUAUAGCUGUGAUACCAAGACUGUCACUAUUCAAUUAGAUAAUAUAUCCAUAGAUUUGUAGACAAUUAACAAAAGUAGAUUAUAUUUUCAGUAUUUUGAAUCGGGAUGAGACACGCAAUCUCAAGCAAGUUGGGAUUUACCCCAAUAAAUUGUAAAAUCAUUAUUCAGAUAAACACCACAUUCCAUCACGCUGUGGGGCGUAUAAUUGUUAAAGACGAUUCAUGUACUGCAGGUAUAUUGUGAUGUCUUGUUAUUCUGUCCAAACAAAAUAUGUCUUUCUGUUUCAGAGGCAGCCAGCACCCGUAAUCCUCCUCCUUUGCCCCCACAUCCUUUAUCUCGGCACCAGAGUUCAGAGGGAACCCUACAGCCCCCUUGGUUCCCGCUCAGCGCCUCCCCUCCAGACGAACCCCCAAUUAGCCGCCCCCCUCCGGAGCCUCCUGUUGCUCAGCAUGAGGAGGGGGAAGUUUCUGUGGAAGAGCAAGAAGAGGCUGCAGUUCUCCUCCAACAGCUCCAACCAGGAGGCACGGGUGCAGAGGAUGCCAAUGAUGCCAACAGUGCAGCCUCACACGCAAGAGCAGUGAACAACCAAUAUUCCUUUGUGUGACCAGACGGUGGCAGAGGUUUGCCUAGCUGACAGUGGCGUUAUGUGUUUCAACCCUCCUCAUCUAGUGCUUGCUCUAAUAUUCACCUGUUUUACCUGAACAGUUUUUGUACGGGUACAGACACACUAACAUGCCAAGACCCAGCACAGAGUCUGGGUACAUCCUGAUACACUACAUGUAAAGACCCAGCACAGAGUCUGGGUACAUCCGGAUACACUACAUGCCAAGACCCAGCACAGUACCUGGAUACAUCAUAAUACACUACAUGCCAAGAUAAUGUUUUACCUUAGCCCAUGCCUCUAUUCCAAUACACGUCAUGACAACCAUAUUCCAACAUAACACUGCUGCAAUGCCAGACCUCUCCAAUACACUACAAGCCCAAGAAAAGAAUAAGCAGAGCUUGCAAGCCGAUCUUAUUGCCCACUUUUCAGAUGGUACGGUUUGUUAUUGUAUAAUCCUUGCACCAUCCCAGCACUUAGUCCUUCCCUUUCUGUGAUGCUCCCACAGUUUGGGUAUGUGUAUUACUACUGCAUGUUCUUCAUUACAGUAUGUAUGGAUCUAUCAUUUAUUCCCGGGCACUUAAGACCUCUCUUUUUUUGUACCCAUUUCUGCCUCACACACACAUCUGGCUAUUUUAUUUCAUUGUGUACACAUCCCUUCAUGACUCGUCUCCUAGUGCACCUUGCUUACAAAUGCACACCGAUACAGUGCUCAGAGCCAGCCCUGUUGUCCACAUGUUCUCCUUUACACCUUGUUAAGAGGAAGAGGAUCCUUUAUGCAGGACAAGUUAUGAGGUGUGAAGGACUAGCACAUUGAUUGGCUUGGAGUAAAUCCACUUGACGGUACAUUCACAGAAACAUUCUUAUUGGGUUCAGUUAGGCGCCAAUUAAUGUGUUUUAAAGGUACGAAGAUUUAAAUGGAAGGAAAUUGACAACAGAGUGGAUAUUCAGUUUGAGUUUCUCAUAGGGAAGCAAAACGUUGUGGGUGUUAGUAAUUUAAAAGAGGACCAACAAUGUUCUUCAAAGAUCAAAUAGUGAGCAUUUAUAGCCGAACCUCAGUUUUGUGUUGUUUUUACGACUUGAGUUUGAAAACUAUUCAAUCUAUUUAAUGUUUCUGCAAUUAUAGCAGAUAGUUAUUGUAUUUAAAGGUACAGUGUUUGCAUGAUGGGGCAGCCACAAGGAUGGAUUCACUUAAUCUCUGAGAGGGAGAAUGAAUUGGUAAAUUAUUCAAUCCACAGAUUUUGCUGAAAAAGCACUUCAGCCCUAAUGACAGCUGUCAAGUUUAUGGGUUAGAGUUCAAGGUACGACCCGAAGACCAGUAAAUAGGAUGGUAUGGAGGGGUGUAAAAGAACCCUCUUUUUAGAGGUAUUAAAACACCAGCUUCCUGCUUCUCACUACAAUUUGGAUAUUUAAUUUUUGGUUUUCAUACAAAUCUAUCUAAUUCUUUGAGUCAGAAUUUUUUUAAAAAAAUUAACCCAAAAUGCGUUGGUCAUGCUUCUGCCACUCAAAGGGUAAAGUAAAUAUAGAACGAUUGACUAGGACUAAAAGUAUUCCAGGCUGUAUAACUCUGCAGCUUCUUUUCACCAAAGGGCACGAUUUAUUUUAAAAAUAAUUCUGAAGUGGCUGCUCUGACCAAUAGGUCACUGUAACUCCGUAAACCGUUCAGAGCGGCCAUGCUUUGAUCUAAAACCUGUAAAAGCUGACUACACUCUUAACAUGUAGAGAUAACUGUAACUUGUGAUGUUCGUUUCAACAAUUUAAGCGUGAGUGCGUACACACGUACAUUCACAAAAAAGAAUACAUAUAUUGUUCUUGUUUGCUAAUAUUUACCUGUACGAAUUGUAUAUACAUCCUAAUGGAAUCCUUUGGUCACAUGGUUAUGUACCAAGGAGUGUAUAAGAUAUAUAUUCUCUACCUAUCAUAAAUGUGUGUGUAUAUAUUCAUGUUUAAAGGGAAUUUAUUGUGAGAGCUCUGUACAUUAGUAACAUAGUGUAAUGUUUUUUUUCGUAAAGGUACCAGUUUGAAUGCUAGUCUUUUUUUUUACCUUGUAUUUGUAAACUCAAGUUAACAGUAUGGCUGAUAAUGCAACUCUAAUCUCUCCAGCCUCCACUCUUUAUUUUUUAUUUUUUUUUCCUUUGCCUAUUUUAUUAUGCUGCUAAAUAAUAGAUGUAUGUUGUUACAAUUCUCAUAUUUGAAAGGAAAAAAAAAAAAGGCAAUGAAUUUCCAAGUAGACUUAUUGUGCAAAAAUCACCAUAGGUUUGACGGAGUUCGGUAGAACAGUGAAGUAACCAAAUUCUAGAUGAGAGUUUAUUUGAUAAAAAGAUGAACAAACUUGCUAUUUUUAUUUUUCUAGAACACUGGAACCACCACCACAUUAUCAUCCUUUUGAAUUUAAAGGUACUCAAAGCAGGACAGUUUCAUUAUUUACUCCCUUUAAACAUGAGUGUGAGAGGUUUGUAUAAUUUAUAGAUGUAUUGAAAUGAAAAUACAAACUGUGUGUGUGUACUUAAAUAUAUAUAUAUCACACACACAAAAUAUAAUAUUACAUUUUAUAGCGGUCCUGUAGAUUACCCAAUUUAGAAACAUGUCAUCAGACAGAGACCAUUAAGGUUUCUUUCAAGUGGGCUUGUCUAAUCCCUAGAAUUUCACUACUGCCGAAUGAGAAUCAUUGAGAGAGGGGGCGUGAGGGUUAUUAAGAUCAAAUCCACAGACUACACUUAGUCGCAGCCUCUGUCGUUAGAUACAUGUUAUACAUAAUGCACAGAUACAAAACAAACCUCUUUAGACUGCCAUUUCAAUUGGAUGCUUAAUUAAAAUAUAUAUCUAAGCUUCUACAUUUAAAAAAAGGGUGUGGUCUGCUUUUAACAAAGCAUUUUGCUCUGGUAUAUAUAUAUAUAUAUAUAUAUAUAUAUACAUACCCACACAAUAAAUGCAUAAUUACAUGAAACACAAUUUAUUUUUUUCCCCAAAUUAUGGAAUCCCCCAUUAUUAUUUUUUUUUUUUUUAUUAUUUUUUUUUUGUUAUUUUAAUUUAUUUUUUACUGUGGAAUAGUGAGAAUAGGUACUUUUUUAUUUUUAUUUUCCUGCGCUGUUUUUAUUUUAUCUAAGAUCUUCUGUUUGUUUAUUUUGCAUUUGUAAAACCGUAUUUACCUUUUAAAAUCUAUUUGCCUAAAAUAUAUCUUUAAAUUAUUUAUUAUACAAAAUUGUUGGAUCGGUUUUAGAUAAAAAAAAAAAUGUUAAAAAAAAGUAACCAAAAAAAAAAAAAACAGGAGAAAGAAC